AUGACGACUCGCCAAGAGCCCGAGGGCGAUGGAAAGGUGUCGAGAUCCUACAGCUUGGCCUCGGCCCCACUUCGCCUCCUCUCCCAUUCCUUCCACUCCACCGCCAUCACUCACGCCUCCUCUUCCUCCUCUUCCGCCUCUUCCUCGUCCACUACCAUUGCUACAGCAGCACAGCAACAACAACAGCACUGCACGGAGCAACAAUACCCGACAUCGUCAUUGGACCCUUAUCAUCCCCACCAGCACUAUCACCAGCAUAACGACAGUUCGGCUUUCACUGUCUAUGAAUCCACCCCACCAGCGACUUCAAUCGAUACCAAGGAUGUUGAGCCCUCGUUGUCCUUGUCGUCAUCAUCGUCAUUGUCAUUGUCAUCGACAUCGACUUCCUCCUUCUUCCCUUCCACCGAAGCAGCAGCCGCUUCCCCUGGGGCCUUGUGGUCUGAUUUCCGCCACCAACAGCAGCAGACGCAGGAAGAUCAGUCGGACACCCGUGAUUCCUCCUUCGUCCUUCCAUCCUUGCUCAAUCCCUCAAACAUUAUCGACUCGUCCGUGUUAUUGCUGUCGUCAUCGUCAUCUUUGUGGAGGAAGACAAUCAAGCUCGAGCCUACUUUACUCUCUUCCACUUCCCCUUUGCCCGCCGUCUCUCGGUCAACAUCGAAAUCGACAAUAGUGUCCGUGGUGCCCGCCACCGCAGAAGCAUCGUCCUCGUCUUUGGGUGUCCGGACAGACGGACGAGACCGACUGGAGAGAUUGUUAAUGCCGUAUGACAUCCGUUACUCGAUCUUUGGUCGCUUGUCCCUCCAAGAUAUUUACAACUGCCAAUUGGCAUGUAGACUGCUCUAUGGGGCAACGUCUGACCAGUUCAUCUGGAAGAGGCUCGCUCUGAACGUCAUCCAGGGCGAGUUCUAUUUUGAUAUCCCAAAGACGCUCCCACCCAAUAUUCCGAAUUGGAAGUUCUUCUGCAAGCGCCAUCUCCUCCGGCAAAAGAACUGGCGACGGGGCCAUGUCCAAGACGUGAUCUCGCUCGAUGACAACUACCAAAAGUUGACAACCCUCCAGAUCAUGGCGCCCUAUGUCCUGACAGGCUGUGACGAUGGUCGGGUCCAUCUGUGGAACAUUAACACGAGAACGCUGCUUCACCGGUUCCAGAUCCGCGGGGAGAUUACCUGGGUCGAGCAUCUCCAGGAGCAAAAGAUUGUUGCGGGUCUCGGUUAUGAUAUCGACAACCUCCGGUCUGAGAUCCGGUUGUUCUCGACAGAGACGGGUCAGCAAAUCGGUCUCUAUGAGGAGGACUUUUGGGAUCUGGCUAUCUGUGCCAUCAACGAUACCUACCUCGCUGCUUCUGAUGGAGAGGGCCGCUAUAGUACCUGGAACUGGAAGACUGGUGUCAAAGUCAGCCAAUUCAAGACGUCGAUUACAGAGGCUCUGUACUUUGUGCAGAACACUAUCCUCGAACUUCACUACGACGGUUUGAUCAGACUGUUCUCACUCCAUGGAGAGUGUUACGGUCGGUUCACUCUUGACUCGAUCCUCCCUAACCACCAAGUCUCAUUCUGCUGGCUCCAUAAUGACUUUUCGAUGGUUGUCUGGGAGUCAAGCAACACUAUGGCCCAUAUCCGCCUGCCUCUCCUCCAAAGAAAGUCCUCGUCGGGCAUCAAGAGCACGGUUAAUCUUGAGCGUCACAUCUCUCAGGAAGAGUGGGACAACCAAGGCGCAGAGGUGUACUGGCGCCACCAAUUGACGCAUACGUGCAACUUUGCGGCUAUGGGAGGAGGACGGUUCCAGCUGCUGUAUGUGCAGAUCUUUGAGAACUUGAAGGACCAUGUCCCGAUCCGUGUGCAUUCUUUGAGGCACAGUCGUCCGGCAGCCGAGAUUGGAGUGUACCCUGCGCCUCCUAGUCCGCGUCCUAUUGGAGCGACGACUACUACGCCGGCGUCUGCUCUUCCUGUGGACGAAAGUGGGGAGGCGGCGAUCCGGAUGGACGAUGACGGUAGAAGAGAAGAAGGAUAUGGGAUGCAGCAUGGAGAAUAUGUGACUGCCCAUAGCCUCAACCCUGGGCUGGAGAAGAUUAUCCAAGGACUCCGACCUUCGCGUAUCGACUGCGAUCCCGAGUACAUCGUCGUGGGUCUUGUGCAAGGAGGAGUACGCUUGCUCCAGUUUGCGCCUGUGGAUGACGAUCUGCUCGAGCGGCAGAUGUAUCGAUGA